AUGGCUGCUGAAAUUGCCGCAAAAAUCAAGACCGAGCUCGCCGCUGCCGGCCUCUCCUCCGGAGCCAUCGACGGAAUCUUCAAGAUCGCUGCCGCCUACAAACCAAAGGAUGGACACAUCCCCGACAAAGCUGAGGCUCUCGUUGCCAUUCCAAAGCUCUUCGGUGAGCUCGAAGCAUUCAUCAAGACACAACCGGAAUCCGAUCAAACCAUCUACCACGCCAUCAUCGAGAAGAAGAAGGCCGAGUUUGCAGCUCUCACCAAGGCUCAGUAA